AUGGGAGGAUUUAGCCAGAUGAAACUGGCAGUUAACUUUUUAACCAUCGGAUUGGUUCUCCUUAGUCUACCAUGUGGAUCAUACACGGAGAUUCCACCCAAACCCCCUGGUUCCGUGACCGUCCUACCCCCUGUCAAGCCAGCGGGGGGUCCACAAGCGUUUCCCGACGCGGAGAACUCGAAUCUCCCGGUCUUCACAAUGAAUUAUCCCCGUAUACAGGUGCCGUUUGAGGUCACGCUUUGGGUGCUGCUCGCGUCAUUCGCCAAGAUUGGUUUCCAUGUAUACCACAAGAUUACCUUCUGGGUCCCAGAGUCAUGUCUCCUGAUCAGUAUUGGGCUGAUCGUAGGGGCCAUCAUGCACUCUGUCCACGAGGAGCCCCCUGCUGUGCUCAGCUACAACGUCUUCUUCCUCUUCAUGCUGCCUCCCAUCGUACUGGAGUCUGGAUACUUUAUGCCCACGCGACCGUUCUUCGAGAACGUGGGAACGGUGCUUUGGUUUGCGGUGGUGGGCACCCUGUGGAACAGCAUUGGGAUAGGGAUGUCUCUGUAUGCGGUGUGUCAGAUCGAGGCGUUUGAGGUGCAGGACAUUAACCUUCAGGAGAACAUGCUGUUUGCUGCCAUCAUCUCAGCUGUGGACCCAGUGGCCGUGCUCAGCGUGUUCGAGGAUGUCUCUGUCAACGAGCAGCUCUACAUCGUGGUGUUUGGAGAGUGCCUGUUCAACGAUGCUGUCACUGUGGUGCUGUACAACAUGUUUAACUUCGUAGCAGAAAUGCCGAUGGUGGAGCCGGUCGAUGUAUUUCUGGGCGUGGCUAGGUUCUUCGUGGUGGGCCUGGGGGGUAUGGGCUUUGGUGUCAUCUUUGGCUUCGUAGCCUCCUUCACCACACGUUUCACCUCUAACGUCAGGGAGAUAGAACCCCUCUUUAUCUUCAUGUACAGCUACCUGGCCUACCUGGUAGCAGAGCUGUUCUCCAUCUCCAGCAUCAUGGCCAUUGUGACCUGUGCCCUGACCAUGAAGUACUAUGUGGAGGAGAAUGUCUCCCAGCGGUCCUGCACCACUAUCCGCCAUGUGGUCAAGAUGUUGGGCACCAUCUCAGAAACCCUCAUCUUCUUCUUCCUGGGCGUGGUCACCAUAACAACAGAACACGAGUGGAACUGGGGCUACAUCAUGUUCACGCUGCUGUUGGCCUUAGUGUGGAGAGGCCUGGGUGUCCUGGUGCUGACCCAGAUCAUUAACCCUUUCCGCACCAUCCCCUUCAACUUCAAGGACCAGUUUAUUCUGGGUUAUGGUGGCCUGCGAGGGGCAAUCUCCUUUGCCCUGGUCUUCACCCUGCCAGACAGCAUCGGCCGCAAGAAACUCUUUGUCACCACCACCAUCUGUAUGAUCAUGUUCACAGUCUUCAUCCAGGGAAUCAGCAUACGGCCCCUGAUCGAGUUCAUCAACGUCCGCAGAACCAACCGCAACCUGGAGACCAUCAACGUAGAGAUCCACUCCAGGCUCAUAGAGCACACCAUCUCUGGGGUAGAGGACCUCUGUGGCCAGUGGAGCCACUACUACUGGAAGGACAAGUUUCUGAAGUUUAAUAACCGGAUCCUGCGUAAGAUCCUGAUCAGGGAUAACCGGGCAGAGUCUAGCAUUGUGGCUCUGUACAAGAAGCUGGAGCUGCAGAACGCAAUGGAGAUACUGGACACAGUGUCUGGCGACAUCAACGCUGGUUCCUCCAUUGUCCCUCUACACGAGGAGAAGAAGGGCUCUGGUAAACCCAAGAGGAAGUUUGUGGCUGCGGACCUGAUGAACAUGCAUGACAUUCUGUCCAAGAACAUGUACAAGAUCAGACAACGGACCACGGCGUACACCACCAAGCACUCCCUGCCCAACGACAGCCGGACAAAAGAGAUCCUGAUCCGACGGCACACCAGCAUCCGACGCAGCCUCCGACCCGGCAGCUUAAACGGACCGAAUGAGGCCAAAUCCCAGAAGUACUUUUCUCUCCCUCCAGGGAAGAGUCUGGACUCAAAGUUCCCUCCUCAGAGACUGAGGCAUACAGGUAAUGAUGAUGAUGAGACCAUGUCGGAGGUGGAUUACCCAUCAGCCCGCUCCAGGUUUAACCAGCCCAGUCGCUCCUCAUCCCGAGCAAUGCUGCCCCUACGCAGGCUGAACACACUGACAGAGGUGCCCUCUAGCUCUGUAGUGGACCUGGUGGAUGAGAGGAGUGGAGGAAGAGGUGCCUGGGGGCGUGGCAUGUCCCGACUAAACUCCUCUUCCAGUGACUCCCGGAUACCCGUCCCUCGCCACGACCCCUCCAACGGCCCUGAUAAUGGCUCGUCAGGUGACCAUGACAGCGGUGACCACAGGCCAGAGGGGGAGCAGCAGCCCUUGUCACCGACCCCAGCCUGGGCUGCAGAGCCUGGUGAACGGGACGACAGCGGAACGCAGAAACCCCUGCUCAGGCCACAGUGGAAGACUCGGAAACCCUAG